UUGACCCCUCUCUAUUUCUCUGUUGCAGUAUGAUGAUCAAUUUGAUGACCAUAGCUACCGUGAUUCUGCUGUUUGCAAACACCUCAUUUGCAGAUCCAAGAGCUCAAGUCAUCAAGCUAAUAUGCGGCAAACAAACAGAGCAAAACGCCACAAUCAACGUGGCAAAUUUCAUCUCCACAAUGGAAAAAAUUACCCUCCAAAUGCAAAAUUCUGGCCACGGAGCCGCGGAAACGGGCUCGGGCCGCCACAAGAGCUACGGCUUCGCGCAGUGCUACGGCGAUCUCUCGCCGACCGACUGCACUCUCUGCUACGUCGAGGCCCGGAACAUCCUGCCCCAGUGCUACCCCUCCAAUGGAGGCCGUGCCUACCUCGAGGGCUGCUUUAUUCGGGCCGAAAAUUACAGCUUCUAUGACGAGUUCUCGGGCCCAGGAGACGGGCCCGUUUGCGGGAAUCGAACUCGGGCCGGGCCGGGAUUCGAUGAGUCUGUGCGGAAGGGUUUGUCGCAGGUAGUGUCGGUUGCGUCGGGGAAUGAGAGGUAUGGUCGGGCCGAGGUGGCGGUGGGUCGGGCCGUGAAUGAAUCGGUGUACGUGAUGGCGGAUUGCUGGAGGACUAUUAAUGCUACUGCUUGUCGGGCUUGUUUGGAGAAUGCUUCUGCAUCUUUGUUGGGCUGCCUGCCUCGGGCCGAUGGCCGGGCCCUCAACACAGGCUGCUUCGUUCAGUAUUCUGAUACUGAUUUUAUGAAUUCUGUAUCAAAUAGUGGAAGUUCAAGAGGGAGAGUUAUAGUGAAUGUGAUUGUGGCUGUGAGUGGAGUAGCUCUUUUCAUAGGUGGGGUUAUUAUUGGAGUUUAUGUGUGGAAGAGGAGGAUCAUUGCAAGGAAAAGAAGAGAUGAUGCUGAAAAAUUAGUGAAGAACCUUAACCAUAGUAGCUUGAACUUCAAAUAUUCGACUCUGGAAAGAGCUACAGUCUGUUUCGAUGAAACCAACAAGCUCGGACAGGGCGGAUUUGGCACGGUAUAUAAGGGAGUGUUGGCGGAUGGGAGAGAGAUUGCAGCGAAGAGGCUCUUCUUCAAUAACAAACACAGAGUUACAGACUUCUACAAUGAAGUAAACAUGGUCAGUAGUGUUGAACACAAGAAUCUAGUCAGAUUAUUGGGGUGCAGUUGCUCGGGACCUGAACGCCUUCUCGUCUACGAAUUCUGCUCCAACAAGAGCCUCGAUGCUUUCAUCUUCGAUUUAGAUAAAGGUAAAGAAUUAGACUGGGAUAAGAGAUUGAAGAUAAUAGUGGGAACAGCAGAGGGAUUAGUCUAUCUCCAUGAAAAUACAUCAACAAGAAUCAUACAUAGAGACAUCAAAGCCAGCAACAUCCUCCUUGACUCAAGGAUGCGCGCCAAAAUCGCAGAUUUCGGGCUAGCUAGAUCCUUCGAGAAAGAUCAGAGUCAUAUUAGCACUGCCAUUGCAGGGACCUUGGGAUAUAUGGCACCGGAAUACUUGGCCUAUGGCCAGCUGACAGAAAAGGCGGAUGUCUAUAGCUUCGGUGUGCUCGUGCUGGAAAUUGUCAGCGGUAGAAGGAACAACGAGGGCGAAAGCCCGGAUGACACGGAGAGUUUGCUUAGCAGAGCAUGGAAGCAAUUCAAGCAAGGAACGGUGGAGCCUCUCGUCGACCACAACCUAAUGCUAGGCCUAGGCGGCCGAAAGGAGGAGGCCGACGUGAUGACAGAGAUGGUUCGAGUAGUUCAAAUAGGACUAGUCUGCACCCAAGAAAUCCCAUCGUCGCGGCCGUCCAUGUCGAAGGCACUGCUGAUGCUAGAGGCAAAAGAGGAGCCUCCAUUGCCAAGUAACCCUCCUUUCAUGGAUAAGGAGACUAUGGAGUUCCAUUACUCGAGUCAAGGGAGCAAUGAUGCCUCGGUCGCCACCAUUUCCCACACUGUUUUUCUUCCUAGGUAAUACCAAUCGAUAUUGUAUAUGUGUAACGUUUUAAUGCUAAAAUACGCCAUCGGUUCACUUAAUGGAGGCUCAUAUUUGAUUAUGUAAUUUUCCAUAAAAUUAGUCUAAUAAAUACUUAUCUCCUAAAAUUAACUUCAUUACUGCUAGUUGGAUGUGGAUUCCUUUAUACUUUUAUUUAUCAAAGCUAUUAAA